AUGGAGCGCGCCUUGCAAGGAUGUCUGUCCCCUUCGCAGACUUCAACCCCGGAGCCAAGGCCGAGAUCUGAAUCAGCGCCAGACACGUCGAAACAGGGCAAGGACGCUCAGGGUCCAUAUACCUUGAAGCGGGACGCUAUCGGUUGGUAUAAGGCAAGACCUCCCCACAUUGCAGUAAUUAGUGCCGCCGCUUUCCGCAAGACUUGCCGGCGCAAGAACGGGCGCCACGCGGUGGUUACAGGGAUCACCACUCUCCACGAGAUUGAUAGGAUUUUGGAACUGAAGAUGGUCCUGGAAGAUGAUGACGAUCAGCUACGGCGACAAGCCCUGGAACAGGUCCCGAAGUGUUACCACGACUACCUUGAUGUGUUCAGCAAGGCGGAAUCUGAUAUGCUCCCG